CGUUCUCUCAUCUUGCAUCAUUCUCCUCCAUUUCCCUUUAUGCUAUUUGAGUCAACUGACAUCGCCGUCUGGGAGGCAGUACUUGGUCAAUACCCAGAGGCACUUGAGCACCACGUUGCUAAUAAAAAGGACGAUUCGUUACUUGAACUCGAUCAAUGGUAUCAAACCACCUUACCCACACUCCUCAACAAACGAAGUCCUAAACCAUUCAUCACUUCAAAGGAACUUUGUCAGCUCAUGUCAUGGAAACUCAAGAGGGGAAAAUUUCGUCCAAGUCUUGCGAAGCUUGCUGCUUCAAACGUUGAUACAGAUGUAAAACGAAUCAGUCUAGAAGCUUUUGCACUUGUCAAUUCAGACUUGAAGGCUGCUAUCACAAAGAUGGCCGAGCUCAAGGGCGUCGGCCCUGCCACAGCAUCAGCCAUUUUAUGUGCAGGGGCACCAGAGAAGGUGCCUUUCAUGACGGAUGAAACCAUGGACUCUGUACCAGGUCUUGGGACAAUAGUCUAUACCAUCCCUUAUUAUAUCAAAUUUGCCAACAAAGUGAUUGAAAAGGCAACGCAGUUGAGACAUAUGGGAUCCACCACAGUUCAUUCACCACACUUGGUUGAAAAAGCACUUUGGACUGACUAUAUGCUGGAUAAGUAUAGUAUUGAACGAAAGGUUAAACCAUUUAUAUCUAGAUCUCAACUUGAAUCUGAUUCUCGAAUAACAAAAGAAGACAAGAAGAACAAAACUCCCACUGUUAAAAGCGAGAGCAAGAGCGCUGGUAAUAAGCGGAAGGCAGGGACGGGGGAAGAAACACCAUCUACUGUUAAACAAACAAAAGAAGAUGCUGCCGCAGACUCGUCUGCAAAAAAAAUCAAGACAAUUGAUUCGACGUCUUCCAAAACUUCUACAAGAUUUACUCGAAGUCGAGCUUAGAAGCUUAUAAAAUAAAU